AUGGGAAAUGCUAGUGGCUGUUGCGCGGGAACCGCCGCCGGAGAAAUUUCCAGUCGAUACGAUGUCGGAGUCGGACUAGUUCACGACAACCUCGGCCACUCUUUCUGCUACGUCGGGCCAAUUCUCACCGCAUCAAAAUCUUCGUUCCCGCCCGAACCGUCCCUCCGACCCGACCCGAUUCCGGAAACAACUACCACUUACCGUUCAAUCUCCGGCGCCUCCGUUAGCGCCAAUACUUCGACGGCGCUCUCUGCCUCUCCGUCAACAGACGCGUCGCUAUUAGCCUCCGGGUUCGAGAGCUCCAAUAGAUUCGCUUCCUUGCCGCUCCAACCCGUGCCACGUGGUCCGGUUAAGAAAGCGGGUCAUGGACCGGGUUUAUUCGAGCGCCGGUUCUUAUCUGGUCCGAUCGAAAGCGGUUUAGUUUCAGGUGGGAAGGAAAAGAAGGAAACAAAGAAACAAAAGAAACUCAAAUCAUUUUCAAAACCCAAAUCGAAAAAGAAAUCUCUCACAUUCAAAACCGUUUUCACGAAUUUGAUUUCUAACAAUCUGUCUCGUUCGAAGAAGAGCGUGGUCGAGCCUAUCAACAGUUCCGAUUCAUCAGAUUCCGAUCAAAAUGCUGCUGAUGAUCAUAGACGUGAAGUUAACUUGUCAAGCAAGAAUCCGAGCAGCCACGAGAACCCUAGAACCGAAGAAGAAGAAGAGAAGAGUGAGUCUGCUUCAGAGGAGCCAAAGAUUCAAUGGGCGCAGGGGAAAGCAGGGGAAGAUCGAGUACACGUCAUCCUCUCCGAGGAAAACGGUUGGCUUUUCGUCGGGAUUUACGACGGAUUCAGUGGUCCAGAUCCGCCGGACUUUCUUCUCAACAAUCUCUACACCGCCGUGCUUAAAGAGCUCAAAGGCUUGCUAUGGAACGACAAACAUAGUCCAGUCGAGGAUGAUUCUGAUUCCGGUGAAGAAAACUGCCAUGUGAUGAAAGGAGAAAAUGUUGUUGCUUGUGGCUCAAGAAACAUAACGAGUAGUAAUGUGAAGAACUUGCAAUGGAGAUGCGAAAACUUAAGAAACAACAAUGCGAAUCAGAGUGAUCACAAAGAGUCUGAUUCGGAGAUGAUUAACCACGAAGACGUUCUAAGAGCUCUUCAACAAGCGUUGAAGAAAACAGAGGAAGCGUUUGAUCUUACGGUUGAUGAGAAUCCAGAACUCGCAUUGAUGGGAUCGUGCGUUCUUGUGACAUUGAUGAAAGGAGAAGAUGUUUACGUGAUGAGCGUUGGAGAUAGCAGAGCGGUUUUGGCUCAAAGACAUAAUCUCGGGAGGAAGAAGAAGACGCAAGUAAAGGAGCUAGAGAGAAUCAAGGAAGAGAGCCCAUUAGAGACCUUGUUGAACACAGAAAGAGGAAUGAGUCUUUUGGUUCCUAUACAGCUCAAUAUGGAACAUAGCACUAGUGUUGGAGAGGAAGUGAGAAGAAUAAAAAAGGAACAUCCUGAUGAUACGUUGGCGAUAGAGAAUGAUAGAGUGAAAGGUUAUCUCAAGGUCACUCGUGCAUUUGGCGCUGGAUUUCUUAAACAGCCGAAAUGGAACGAGGCUCUUCUAGAGAUGUUCAGAAUUAACUACGUUGGAACGUUACCAUACGUUACGUGCUCUCCGUCGCUCCACCACCACAGACUCACAUCGCGUGACAAAUUCUUGAUCCUCUCCUCUGACGGAUUAUAUGAAUACUUCUCCAAUGAAGAAGCCAUCUUCGAGGUCGACUCAUUCAUCUCAGCUUUCCCUGAAGGCGAUCCUGCUCAACAUCUCAUCCAAGAGGUCCUCCUUCGAGCUGCCAAGAAAUAUGGUAUGGACUUUCAUGAAUUGCUGGAAAUUCCGCAAGGAGAUCGUCGAAAGUACCACGACGAUGUUUCUGUGAUUGUCAUUUCACUUGAAGGAAGAAUCUGGAGAUCUUCCAUGUAA